AUGCAACGACGCUGGCGCUUGAUCCACGACUCGGGCUGUUUAAUCAGCCAGGCAGCACCUCAUCAGAGAUACAAGCCUCAGACAUCGACAAACGACGACGACACCAUGGCCAGCCUCGCCCGUUCCAUCAAGUCCCCUUACCUGUCGCCCAGGCUGCGACCCUCGAUGCCUGGGCGUACCAUGUCAACCAACUCCGACCUUUCCAUCACCUCCUCUCCCAACAGCCCACGAUCUGACGAUCUCGGCGACCUGGUACUGUCCGGACGCAACACCCCGACGUUCCCGCACUCGAGAUCUGCCCUCGGCCGAGAGGGAUACAUCGACGGAGACGAUAUCCGUGCCUAUAAUGCCCGUUUUCAAGAUGAUAAUGAUCGAUCGAUCCCUGGCACCCCAUCUGGAUCUUCUACUCCACGCAGUCGCAGCCGUGCUCGACCCAUAGCCAUUGAGCUGCCGCAACUCAAGCGCUUCAGCACUGCUCCCGCGCGCACUCCACCCGAGCCUCUCUCAGCACGAGGUGAUCUUCCUGGAGGUUAUUUCCCACUUCACGAAGACCCCAACAGCCGCAUACAUCGCCCACACCCAUUUCAGCAUCACCCAGACACCAGAAUGAGCCGCCUUAUCUCAGAGUCGGGACCAGUCUACGCCGACCGUCCAACCUCACACCCCGCCCAGAACGCCUCCAUGAUUCAAUCGAACACGCCUGUUGCCUCUUACCUGGCUCCCGGCUUCCAUGAUAGCCCCCUGCCUAUGGGGAAGUACUAUCCUUCCAACUAUGAGAACAGGAACGGCAGUCAGACAAACCUGCGUCCUAGUUUGACAGGCACACUCUCGUCUGACAUCGGGCCCGAUUCUCAUGCAACUCCCCGCACGACCAACCAGUCAAUGCAUGAGACGGAACUCCGUCGCAAGUUGCAACAAUACCAGCGGGACAUGAUUGCUCAAGCCAGCAUGGCUGCCAACGAGCUCAUUAGCAGCUCGGCCAAGUCCGAUCACAAACUUGAUGCCGGUGUCUCGCUGAGCUCUCUCCCUCUUCGAGAGUCGCGGUUCAUUGCGCCUGCUCCGCUCAAGCCCCGAUCUCCUAGGCUGGCUCCCCUCGGUAGUCCAGGACCGGUGACGCCAAUGGACCUUGAAUCACUUGGUGAUGGUGAUUACAUGUCCCGCUAA